GGUAGUGUCACGUGUAUGAUGUUGCCUGAGAACCCAAGGCAUCAGUUCUCGCUUAGACGUUAGCGCCGUUCACAAUCGCACAUACAACUUUUAAAUUUGGACCCGCGAUCUUUUUGAACCAACAAAACCAGUCGACAAAAAUCGCCCACGAUGUCUCACAGAAAGUUCGAGGCACCUCGUCACGGCUCUUUAGCCUUCUUACCUCGCAAGAGAGCUGCCCGUCACAGAGGAAAGGUACGUUUGCAAACCCCAAGGCGCUGCGCUGACAUUUGCUUGCGCAUCUGCUAACUUCUCGAUAGGUCAAGUCGUAAGUUUCCCACCCCUCCUCGAGCAUCCGCGCGAUCCUCCCGAUUCUGCCGCUCGAACAAUGGCUAAUUCCAUCGUAAAGCUUCCCUAAGGAUGACCCAAAGAAGCCAGUUCACUUGACUGCCACCAUGGGCUACAAGGCUGGUAUGUCCACAAUCGUCCGCGACCUCGACCGACCAGGCGCGAAGUCACACAAGAAGGAGGUUGUUGAGGCAGUCACUAUUAUUGAGACACCACCAGUACGAACAAUGCAGCCCGCUUGGCAAUUGUGUCAAUGGCUAACAUCUAUUAUAGGUGAUCGUUGUUGGUCUAGUUGGUUAUAUCGAGACUCCCCGUGGUCUUCGAUCCCUCACCACCGUUUGGGCUGAGCAUUUGAGCGACGAGCUUAAGCGCCGAUUCUACAAGAACUGGUACAAGAGCAAGAAGAAGGCCUUCACCAAAUACGCCAAGAAGCACCAAGAGAAGGGCGCCGCCUCCAUCACCCGUGAGAUCGAGCGCAUCAAGAAGUACUGCUCCGUCGUCCGUGUCCUCGCUCACACUCAAAUCCGCAAGACCCCUCUUAAGCAAAAGAAGGCACACUUGAUGGAGAUCCAGGUCAACGGUGGUAGCGUUGAUGACAAGGUUGCCUUCGCCCAAGGUCUUUUCGAGAAGCCAGUUGAGAUCAGCUCCAUCUUCGAGCAAGAUGAGAUGAUUGAUGUUAUCGCCGUCACCAAGGGCCACGGUUUCUCCGGUGUUACCAGCAGAUGGGGAACCAAGAAGCUUCCGAGAAAGACACACAAGGGUCUCCGAAAGGUCGCCUGUAUUGGUGCCUGGCAUCCAUCUCACGUCCAAUGGACUGUUGCUCGUGCUGGUCAAGACGGAUACCACCACCGUACCUCUGUCAACCACAAGGUCUACCGUGUUGGCAAAGGUGACGAUGAGGCUAACGCCACCACCGACUUUGAUCACUCCAAGAAGCAAAUCACUCCGUAAGUACUUAUUUUGAACAAUUUGAGACCCCAAAACUAACAACAAAUAGUAUGGGUGGUUUCGUUCGUUACGGAGAGGUCAAGAACGAUUUCCUUAUUCUUAAGGGAUCCGUUCCUGGAGUUAAGAAGCGUAUCAUGACUCUCCGAAAAUCCAUGUUCGUUCACACAUCAAGAAAGGCCUUGGAGAAGGUUGACUUGAAAUGGAUCGACACAUCAUCAAAAUUCGGACACGGUGCAUACCAAACUCCUCAAGAGAAGCACCAGUUCCUGGGUACUCUGAAGAAGGAUAUCGCUCCAGCUUCAUAA